AUCUGUAAAUUACUAGACCAGGAAGAAGAAGAAAACAGAGGAAACCCCCCUUCCCUCCGGGAACUCGCCCUCUCCCUCAGAUGGAUAGGUACCAGAGGGUGGAGAAGCCCAAGGCUGAGACCCCAAUAAACGAGAAUGAGAUCCGAAUCACUACUCAAGGCCGCAUGCGGAAUUACAUCAGUUAUGCCACCGCGCUUCUCCAGGAGAAAGGGUCGAGUGAGAUUGUGCUUAAAGCAAUGGGCAGAGCUAUCAAUAAGACUGUGAUGAUCGCGGAGAUAAUCAAGAGAAGGAUUGUUGGUCUGCAUCAGAUUACCGGUAUUGGAUCGACUGAUAUAACUGAUACUUGGGAGCCACUAGAAGAAGGCCUUCUUCCUCUGGAGACGACGCGACAUGUUUCGAUGAUCACAAUCACUUUGUCGAAGAAGGAGCUCGAUACAUCAUCUACAGGGUAUCAACCUCCUCUCCCGAUUGAACAAGUGAAACCAAUAAUGAACGAAAUCCAAGAUGAUGGCGAAGGAUCACCGAUGAUGCGAGGUAGAGGGCGUGGUAGAGCGAGAGGAAGAGGUCGAGUCAAUUACAACAGUGUAGGAGACUAUAACGACGAUGAUGGUUGGGAUGGUGGGCAUGGCUAUGAAGUACGAGGGCGAGGCCGAGCAAGAGGUGGUCGUUUCUUCGGAGGGCGAGGGCGGGGAAGGGGAAGAGGGAGAGGCUAUGGUGGUGGUCAGCAAGGAGGAGGGUACUAUGACAACUAUGGUGAACCUGAAACAUAUGUGCCCCAAAUUCGUGGACGUGGGAGGGGGAGAGGCCGUGAACGUGGUGGUGGUCGCAGUAGCUACACGAGACUCAAUGGUCCGGUCCAAGCAUCAGCAGCCUGAGGUAGACACGGUAUAGACCAGUUCGCGAGUUCGUUUCGCGAACGUAGUAGUACAUCU